AUGCAAAUAAACGACCGAAACGCAUUACCGGCAUUAGUAGCAUGCUCGUACGUGUACUACACGGAUGAUAAAUCCAACUCAGAGACGACGAAGAGUUUUCAACAUCAAGAUCCAGAAACAGUUCUAGCUCUAGGCAAAGACACCGCCACGCGAAGAUGUCCUCGACCAGGCAAGCAAGUCAAACGGGAGGUGGUGCAAAGGGCGUUUCUCAGCCCAGCACAGGAUCCACCUCUUCUACGACUCUCUCGCAGCAAGCACGUCGGUUUUCGCUUCCCGCAACACGGGUCCCAGCCCCGAUUUUGUUCAAUACGCAGCCAGCUGGAAGCGGCAAAAUCAACUUGCAAGGUGGCGCGACUAGCAGCAGCAGCAGGAUCGUGA